AAGGCCACCUGAGUUUCUUGGUCGGUUAACACGUGCGUCUUAAUCUAUCCAUUUUCAAGAGUUCAGUCAGUCAGCAACACACGUGUGAUAAGUAAGCUAGUUGACGUAGCAACCCACUCGCAUCAGUCCGAGUUGCCUGGGAGCAAAAACCGAAAGAGCCUCCGAUUCUGUAGGGAAGGAGAGGGAAAUUGUCGUCCAAGAAAUGCGGAGCAUACCGUUGGGAAUCUCGGUGACCUCAACCUCAACCUCCAUAAACAACUCCAGAACUUCGUCUUGUCUCAACAACAAUCUCAAUUUCAAGAAACCACUGAACCCAUCUUUCCCUUCUAGGGUUCCUUGCUCUUCCCAUGAAUUCUCUUUCUUCUCCUCUUCCUCCAAAUCAGGAGUUUGCAGAGCCAGUCAAGUGGUUGAUUUAUUUCCCACUGUGUAUCCCGAGAUUGUUGUCAGGGAGGCCAGGUUAGAGGACUGUUGGGAAGUGGCUGAGACUCACUGCAGCUCCUUCUUCCCUGAAUACUCCUUUCCAUUAGAUUUUGUGCUGAGGCUUGACAGGCUGGUGGCAAUGCUAGCAGGAUUCUCUGUACCUAACGGAUGCAGGAGAACUUGUUUGGUUGCCGUGAUUGGUAAUGGUAGCUCCAUUGGUGAAACCUUCUUUUUGGGAAAUGAAGAUUUCAAAAUUGGUGGUUUUGAUGGGAAACUAUGUCUCAAUAGAGGAUAUGUGGCUGGAAUUUUAACAGUGGAUACUGUGGCUGAUUUCCUUCCAAGGAAAGGACCCCUCCGGAAGAGAAGGACUGGAAUUGCAUAUAUAUCAAAUGUUGCAGUUCGAGAGAGAUUUCGACGCAAGGGAAUAGCUAAAAAGUUGAUAGCAAAGGCUGAGGCUCAAGCCAGGAGCUGGGGCUGCCGUGCCAUUGCAUUGCACUGUGACUUGAACAAUCCCGGUGCCACAAACCUGUAUAAAGGCCAAGGUUUCAGAUGUAUCAAGGUGCCAGAAGGAGCAAAGUGGCCUAAGCCAAAGACUUCUCCGGAUAUGAAGUUCAGCUUCAUGAUGAAGCUUCUAAACACCUCAGCUGCUGCUUAUAUGCCCAGUGAAAAUGUGAAAAGUUAUAAAGGGUAAUCACCAUCAGAAUAGAAAGCCUAAAGAGUAGGAUGAUUGAGAUUAGUUUGCUGUAUAUGUAGAUGAUUUACUCAAGGAAUUAGCUGCCGAUCUUGUAGCAAUGUAUUUUUUAUGGAGUCGUGUUGUCAUUGUGCCAUGACUUGUAUGUAUGAUAUAAAUACAAUUCUUGUAAAGCGAUCACAAGUUACAAUCAAGUUCACAAGGAGUAUCUUGGGCAGCAAAUCUGGAUCCUCCUUUCCUCUA